CUCGCCCACCACUGUGAAUAUGUACUGGAAAUAUGCAUUCUUGGAGGAGGGUUAAUCCUUUUUCAUGCAGAGGUCCCCUCCCUUUUCCCAAGAAGCUUGUUCCUGAAAUCAUAUUUUAUUACAGAUAAAUAAAACAUUACUAAAAUUAGGCUCAGAAAGAGAAGUAGCAGGGUUUCUUGGCUUUCCCCUGUGUGGUUGUAAUCUGUUCCAGAGAGCUGCCUCUGGUCCUUUGCCUCUUGGUAAACCAGUGUUUCCUGGAGGCAGCCCAGGUCCCUGUCUUUGUCAGGAUGUGUCCUUGCAGCAAUUUCAUGUUGCAUCUGUUUUUGUUUUGUUCUGCUGUGCUGACAGAGAAUCACGGAACCAUCAAAAAAUUUUGGGCUAGAAGGGUCCUUAAAGAUCACCCAGUUCCAGCCCCACUGCUAUGGCUGCUUAAAACUUCAUCCAACCUGUCCUGAAAUGUUUCCACAAACGCGGCAUCUGCUAAGAUUUUUUCAGAAAUUUUGCUCUUCUCAAAGUAAGAAAAGGCAGAAAAUGAAUGUGCUUCGAAAGGCAGUGAAUUUCUACACCCAGCACCCGAAGAUUCUGGGUUACAGCACCGUGUCCCUGCUGACGGCUUGCAUCGAGCAAAUCUUCUCAUCUGUGUUGUUCCAGUGUCCCUGCAAUUCUGCUUUUGAGAACAUGCUAUACGGUCUUUCCUUCCUCUUAGCACCUGCCUUCAUCCUCUUCCUGUUCGGCUACAUGGUGAAUGCCAAGAUGUGGCUUCUGUUGACAGGCAAGUGCUCCCAGGAGAACCAUUGGCAAUGCAGCUCUGGGAGAACCUGUUCCUACUUGUGCCAGCUGCUGCAGGUGACAGCCAAAGCCUUGGUGGCCCCGCUCGCCUGGAUAGCCGUGGCCCUGCUAGGAGCCGACUACUAUGAGUGUGCAGCCAGUGGGAGCAGCCUAGCAGUGAACUACUUCUGUAAAGAGAAUAUAACUGACUGCCAAACCCAGCUGCCCAAAGUGGCCUGUGACAAGAAAUUAUCAGGAAAGAUAGCAAAUGGACGGCUCACCCUUCAGGCACAGUCCGAGCUGUUUGGAUGGCUCCUGAUAGUUGCCAUCAUGACUGUGGCACUGAUUUCAACAUGUUUCAGCCACUGCUGCUCCACGGCCAGCUAUCUUCAGCUCAAGUUCUGGAAAAUGUACUCAAAAACAGAACGUGAACUCUUUGAAACCAAAGCCAAAGAGCAUGCUACCAAGCUAGCAGAAAGAAAUACUGAAUGCUUUUUUGAAGCCACUGAUGCUGCACCAUUUCAUAUUCCCAGCAGAGAAGACUGGCAGAAAAUUUCAAUCUGGUACACCUUUAAUUCACAAGAGCAGUAUUACAGCAUGUUACACAAGUAUGCAAACACCAACGGUGGCAAAAAGAACAAAUUCAAGGAAGGUCAGGAUCACAGUGUUUCAGCAUUUGUGGAGGAAGCCCACGCAGAGUUCUAAUGAAACAAAUCCUUUGCAAUGCUGACAGUCUUUUAACCCUAUUGGUAUAAGAAGAGUCUUAUUCUCUGCUCUUAUUGAAAUCUAUGCAAACUGAAAGUAAGAGCUGAUACUUGUAAGCCUCAGUAGAUUUGCUUUUAAAUACAUUUUAAUCCUUUUGCUUAAAUGGUGUUUUCUUAUGUUAUUGUUCAUUGAGAAGAGCCAUAUGUAAAACAAUCAGCAUCCACAAAGAUGUCAGCACUUAUUAUGUCAAGCUAUUACUAAAACUUUAAAAGCACUUGGCAGGUGGAGUGAAAAUACCAAAUCAUAUCAAAGAGACAAAAAAAGGAAUGGAAGAUUUGAUCAGAAAUUCAGCUUAGUUUAUUAGUACUCUCUUUACAAUGAAGCUUAGAACAAGCUGUAGAUUAAAAAAUUUAGCUUAAGCGGCUAGGCUCAUGCAUAACAUGCAAUGUAGGUGAAGCUUAUAUAUCAACAAAUAUUAAAAGCACAUUCGUACAUUAAGGAUAUUAAAAAUCUGCAAUCCAUAUUAGCAAGUAGUAAUAUUCUUAUCAAAGAACAUAUUUGUGUUCAAUAUUAUAAGAAAUAAAGAUACAAGUUUUCAUGAAGAAUAAUAAAGUUCACUUUUCUUCUGAAAAGCUGUUGUUUAAGAGAGUAUUUCAGAUAUGUAAGUCAGAUUGUUUGGUCUGGGCUGUCCAUUUACUUCUCCCAGAAAUUCUCUCUUUCUACACAAUAAACUCAGAAAUCAUCCACACAGACAGGAAUCCCAAUAAUUUUUUGUUACCUUCAUUUUGCAAGUAAGGAAGCAGGGAAGGACCUGUUUUGACUAACUGGAUAUAAUGACCUUGGAAGCUUCUUUCUCACUAUAAACUAAAAAAAUAACACAUUUAUUUUUAGGCUGCCCUCUUAGAGAGCAUCUCUGUAGGAAACGCCCUGGGUGUCUCGGUGGAUGACAAGCUGACUAUGAGCCAGCAGUGCUCUUGGAGCCAAGAGGGCCCAGGUGUCCUGUGGUGCACUGGGAAGAGUGUGGCCAGCAGGUCGAGGGAGGUCAUCCUCCCCCUCUACUCAGCCCUGCUGAGGUCACAUCUGAAGGGCUGUGUCCAGUUCUGGGCUCCCCAGCACAAGAAAGACAAGGAGCUACUGGAGAGGGCCCAGCAGAAGGGCCACAAAGGUGAUUUGGGUCUGGAACAUCUCUUAUGAGGAGAGACUGCACGAGCUGGGUCUGUUUAGUCCAGAGAAGAGAGAGGAUGUCAUUAGCAGCUCUGGCGGGUUACGCCAGAGGUGGGUGUCAGAUGUUUUUCAGUGGCACUCAGUGACAGGAUGAGCAAUUACCACAAUCUAAAGCAUAAAAAGUUUCACCUCAACUUGAGAAGAAUUUCUUUACAUUGAGGGUGGCAGAGCACUGGCACAGGCUGCCCAGGGAGGUUGUGAAGUCUCCCUCCCCAUCGACAAUCCAGACCCACCUGGGUGUGUUCCUGUGUCACCUGCUCUAGGUGGAGGCAUUUUUGACACCAGCAUCACUCCCUUAUUAUCUCAAAAACUCCUCAUGUCUUCUCUCUGUGGACUUCUCACAGGCAGCUCCACACAGCAUUUAUUCCUUCCCUCUGUUUCUUCUGUAUGAGCAGCUAACUGCAUCCUGUCCCUUACACAACUGCCUAACCCUACCUUUCCCUCUCACCACAUCUUACCUUGUCUGUCCUUUGCACAACCACACGACCCUUCCUCUUUACAGCAUGGCCAACAGAUUCCAACUGCAGGAGACUCCAGCUCCAGCAAAAACCUCUC